GGUCAGAACUAUAGCAUGGUGUCUGAAUUCAUCCUCGUGGGCUUCUCCACCUUCCCACAGCAUCUCCUGCCUGCCUUCUUUCUGUUCUACUUGCUGAUGUACCUGUUCACGCUGCUGGGGAACCUGCUCAUCAUGGCUACUGUCUGGAGUGAGCGCAGCCUGCACACGCCCAUGUACCUCUUCCUGUGUGCCCUGUCCAUCUCUGAGAUUCUGUUCACUGUUACCCUCACCCCCCGCAUGCUGGUUGACAUGCUCUCCAGCCACCGCUCCAUCACCUUUGUGGCCUGUGCCACCCAGAUGUUCUUCUCCUUCACGUUUGGCUUCACCCAUUCCUUCUUGCUCAUGAUCAUGGGCUAUGACCGCUACGUGGCCAUCUGCCACCCCCUGCGCUACAACGUGCUCAUGAGCCCCCGUGGAUGUGCCCACCUCGUGUCCUGGACCUGGGCUGGUGGCUCAGUCAUGGGGAUGAUGGUGACCCUGAUAGUUUUUCAUCUCACCUUCUGUGGGUCUAACGUGAUCCACCAUUUUGCUUGCCAUGUGCUUUCCCUCCUACAGUUGGCCUGUGGGAAGGAGACAUUCUCUGUCACCUUGGGAGUGAUUCUGGUGUGUGUCUCAGCUCUGAUGGGCUGCUUAUCCCUCAUCGUCCUCUCUUAUGUCUUCAUCGUGGCUGCCAUCUUGAGGAUCCCGUCUGCUGAGGGCAGACACAAGACCUUCUCCACCUGUGUGUCCCACCUCACUGUGGUCAUUGUGCACUAUGGUUUUGCCUCCAUUAUCUACCUCAAGCCCAAGGGCCCCCAUUCUACGGACAGUAACACUCUAAUGGCCACCACCUAUAUAGUCUUCACCCCGUUUCUCAGCCCAAUCAUUUUCAGCCUCAGGAAUAAGGAGCUCAAGAAUGCCAUAAAGAAAAGCUUCCAGAGAAAAUUCAGUCCCCUUAGCUCCUGA